AUGAACACCACGAUUGGGACCGAGCCGGACGAAGAGGUGCCUGUCAAACGUCGAAAACUGAGGAAAGGGACUCGCAGUUGCUUGGACUGUAGAAGGAGGAAAGUCAAGUGUAUCUUUGCAACGCACAGCAGUGCCAGAUGCAUCGUGUGUGAGAGAAGAGGUGUGCAGUGUGUCAGUCAAUACGACUCUCCCACACACGACAGCGACAAGACUGGUGAUGACGGUGGCAAUGGCGUCGAUGCUCGAGUUCUUGUGGGGAACGAUGGAGACUUGGGCCAUGGAGAACAAGACGGCCCACUAACGCUGGGCGAUACUUUUCCCACGCCUCAAUCGGUGGAGACACCGUUCCCCACAGGCAGACAUUCUUACCGGAUCGCGGAUGGACCACCACAGUCUUACGCAUCGAUCAGAGAGGCGCUCAUCCGCGCUCUACCUUGUGAGAACGACAUCCGGCUCCUCUCUAACAGACUCAGCACGCUCUCGGCAUUGCAGUAUGAGACGGACUACAGAUACCAUGGGACGUGGUCGGACAAGACUUCGAAGCGUCCUAUGCCGUUCAGAGAUCUUCUGCAUCCGGAGAGACAUCCCACUAUGUUGGCGAGACAAAUGCUGCUGUCUGCCGCUGCUGUGCAACAUCUAUCACCCAAAGAGCUCGUGUCCGGCCUCGGCGAACACCACCAUAUCAUCAUGAAAAGGCUAGCGGAAUCUGCCAUCCAGUGGGUUAACAUGAAUGACACGUUGCUGGGUUCAUUGGAGUCGCUGGAGAAUCUCAUCUUCGAGAUGUUCUAUCACGUCGAAAGCAGCAAUCUCCGUCGAGCCUGGAUCACGACCCACCGAGCUGUCACAGCUGCACAGAUGCUUGGACUCCAUCGACCCGGCCGUCAUCGCUUCACGCGAAUCAGUAAUGAGAGGGAUCUUGAUCCGGAUCUCAUGUGGAUUACCGUCGUCUCGAUGGAGCGUAUGCUAUCCCUACUGCUCGGAUUGCCCACCAGCACAAGCAAUAUGUCUCUCUUGUCUCACACGUCAAGUAUUUCCUCCAAUACCAAUAGCUUGUCCGCGCUGGUAGCGAGCUUAGCUGGUAAGAUUCUCGAACGCAACGACGAGGACUGCGCACAAACGGCGCUGGACAUGACGAUUCACAUAGAUCGAGAAAUCAUCGUUGCUGCCGAACAGAUGCCGUCUGAGUUCUGGCGACCACUGGGCUUUUCGGGACUGGAGAGAGACUCCGUACAAGCUUUAAUGGAAACCCGUCGAGCCUUUGGCCAUAUGUGCUAUUACAGCCUCGUGCUACAACUACAUCUGCCGCACAUGCUGCACCCUUCCAAUGCUGCUCGACGAUUACAUUCCAAAAUCGCGUGCGUCAAUGCUAGCAGAGAGGUACUGACCCGAGAGAUUGAAAUGCGGACGUUCAAUCCUAUUGCGGCUUGCUGUCGUAUGAGCGACUUCCUGGCGCUUAUUGUGGGCAUGUCUUUGAUGAUAGGCCAUAUCACCAGCCAUUCUGGGAAUGAAUCGGAUCAACUCUUGAGACAUCAGCGAUUAGGUGACCGUGCAACGGUGAAGCGGGCUCUUGAUUGCAUCACUCCAAUGUCUGACAUACAUGGCGAUAGCCUUGCUGAAAGAUGUGCUGUUCUCUUGAAGAACCUCCUGGCAAUCGAAGAGGAUGCUUCACGACAGUAUCAUCUUCGUACAAGCGGGUCACACGAUGCUGGAGAUGGCCGAGACAAUCAGCGGGACGUUCUGAACAUGCGGGUGCCGUACCUGGGUGGCAUCCAGAUAUCUCGCAAUGGGGUUGCGGCCAUGCCUGCAGCCAAAAUGGAGCAGGCUAAGGCUCUGUCAGAAGAGAGCGUGACCAUUGGAGGACUUGGAUCCAUGUUUGUGCAGCAGGUCUCCACGAUGGACUCCGACGAAGGCCGUGACACUGCCGCGACUUCACUGACACAGCAGGACAACAGUCAACCAAAUCAACAGCCUCAAGCAUCACACGGUACACCAGCGGCAAUAACGGGCUCACCAAUUCAACACGAUUCAAUGUUCCCAGAUGCGGCCGCGGACUUCGACGAGUGGGUGUUCCAAGGCGUAGAUACUGCGUUCAUGGAGACCUUGAUGAAAGGAUUUCCAGACCAUUGA